AUGGAAGACAUUAGAGAAAACAAUGACAUACCUGCUAAUUCAUUGAAUGAGCUGCUAUGGAAAAGGUUUGGCAUAGAAAUGGCUCAGUCAGCACUGUACAGAGUGAGAGCUAAGACCUUAGAAGAAAUCCAUGGAGGGCAUAAUAUGUCUUACAAGUUACGACCGUUGUACUGUGAUGUCAUUAAAGCUUUGAACCCCAAUUCCUUAGCAAACUGUGCUUGGAAUCCUGCAACCCGUCCAGAAAUCCCAUUAGCAUUUAAGAGCAUUUUCAUAUCUUUUAAAGCUGUAUUGGAUGGGCUAUUUGCUGGUUGUAGAAGCAUAAUUAGGGUAGAUGGGACUUACCUUAAAGGGAACUAUGGUGGAGUGCUUCUGGUAGCUGUUGCUUUAAAUGCAAAUAAUGAACUUUUUCCAGUUGCCUGGGCAACAGUUGAAGCUGAAAACACUAAUACUUGGAAGUUUUUCAUAUGGCAUUUGAAGAAUGCAUUAAAGGAUAGUGGAAAAGGAGAUGAAUGGUGUAUCAUCUCAUAUAUGCAAAAGGGUAUACAAGCUGCACUAACUGAUUUGUGGCCAAAAGUUGGAAGAAGGUACUGCUGCAAACAUCUUGUCAAGAACUUCAAGGCAGAGUUUCCAGGCUUACUUAUGUUCUCACUCUAUUGGAAGGCUGCUGGAGCUUGCAACCAUUUAAUUUUACUUUUAAAAAGACCUGUUCUUACUUUAUUUGAAGGGAUCAGAAGACUGACUAUGGUCAGACUGGCCACUAGAAGGGAGCAGUGUAAGAGUUGGAAUGAUGAUAUUUGUCCAAAUAUCAUCAAAAGACUACAAGUGGUUAAUCAUGAGUCAAGGACUAGUAGAUGUUUGAAGGCUAGAGCUGGAGAGUAUGAAGUGCUAGAUGGUAAAUCUGUGUUUCCUGUGAACUUAAAUGACAAUACUUGUACCUGCAAUGUGUGGCAGCUAUCUGGUUUUCCAUGUAAGAAUGGAAUGAGGGCUAUUAUACAUGCACAUGAAGAUCCUAAGAAGUUUGUGAGUGAACGGUACUCCUUGAGAAGGUACAAGAUGGUUUAUGCCAACACCAUCAAAUCCAUCCCAGAUGUUGAGCAAUGGCCUGAAAACAACUUUGGUAGGCCUGCAAGAAAUAGAAGAAGGGAGGAAGGUGGUCUUACUGGGAAAGAGAAGACAUAUAUGGCAGCAAAUGCAGGGCAACAGAACAAGAAACAUUCCCCAAAAUCAAAGCCAAAGGGGGUGUCUUUGUCCCUGCCUGAGCCAACAACAACUAUUGCAUUGACAAAGGGGUUAUCCCUAUCCCAGCCUGAUCCAACAACAAUUGCUUCAACAUCCCAGCCCGUAAGAAGAUCACCAAGAACAAAGAAGGGUGUCUCUGCCUCUCAGCCUGUUUAG